CUGGCCGCCGCCUUGUUCGGGGUUGGUUUGCUUCGUAUUUUCAAUAAUAGAUGUCUAUCGUCUUUCGAGCAUUUCUGUAUCUUUUUAUGUGUCAUUAUUAUCAGUUUCCUGUUUUUGUAUUGCUUCCCAGGUAUAUUAGUAAGUAGAUCAUCUCAUUAGCAACGACAGUUACAGUUUUCUGAAGUACACCCAUGGAAAAUGCAGAAUACCUGGUCUUUUUCCCCCUAUUUGGCUAAAUCUCAUGUCAGCAACCCCUGUACACGCGUAUAUAUAUAUAUAUAGUCCAUAAAAGAUAUAAAACUAUAUUGCCUUUAUAAUACUUUAGAAUAUAUUCAGACAACUAUGCCAUUCCACGUUUACCUUCAAUCCCCAGUAAUAAGGGUCAACUGAUAAAACAAUAUGAAAGCACUUAUUUUAGUUGGGGGUUAUGGCACUCGACUCCGGCCUUUAACACUAACUUAUCCCAAACCGAUAGUAGAAUUCUGCAACAAACCCCUUUUACUACAUCAAAUUGAAGCCCUUGCCAAAGUUGGAGUAUCAGAGGUGAUCUUAGCUGUUAGCAAAUGUGCUGAUCGAAGUGAUAUCUUAGAAAAUGAGUUAAAAAAGCAUGAGAAGAAAAUUGGAACUAAAAUUACAUUCUCCUAUGAAACUGAAGCAAUGGGAACUGCUGGUCCAAUCGCCUUAGCUAAAGAUAUGCUCCUCGUGGACGAUAGUCCAUUUUUUGUGCUCAACAGUGAUAUCAUGUGUGAUUUCCCGUUCAAGGCAAUCAUAGCAUUUCAUAAAAAUCACGGAAAAUCGGGAACUAUUUUGGUAACACAAGUUGAAGAACCUUCAAAAUAUGGCGUUGUUGUUUACGAUCAAACAACUGGACGUGUGGAUCGUUUUGUUGAAAAACCAAUUGAAUUUGUUGGUAAUAAGAUAAAUGCCGGUAUAUACUUACUUAAUCCUAGUGUUAUUGACAAGAUCCCCCUACGCCCAACUUCCAUUGAGAAAGAGAUAUUCCCAGAGAUGGCAAACGAGAAACAACUUUAUUGCAUGACAUUACCAGGGUUCUGGAUGGAUGUUGGACAACCGAAUGAUUUUCUCAAAGGUACAAGUUUGUAUCUAAAUUACUUAAAACAAUCAGAUCAUUCGAAAGAACUAGCAACUGGAUCUAAUAUUCAUGGGAAUGUUUUAAUCCAUCCAACUGCUUCAGUUUCACCUACUUGUGUUCUUGGACCCAGUGUUGUUAUUGGGCCAGAGUGUAUAGUUGAAGAUGGAGUAAGAAUUCGUAAUUCCACCUUACUUCAAGGGAGUAUUAUUCGUUCUCAUUCUUGGCUAGAAACUUGUAUUAUUGGUUGGCGAUGUACUGUUGGGCAGUGGGUAAGAAUGGAAAAUAUCACCGUCUUAGGUGAAGAUGUCAUUGUAUCUGAUGAAUUAUUUGUAAAUGGUGCACGUGUAUUACCACACAAAAGCAUUGCCCAAUCAGUUGUUGAACCACAAAUUAUUAUGUAACAUGCCUGGUAUGGAAACUCUUGUAAAGUGCUGUGAUCAUAACUUUUUCUCUCUCCUCAUACUCCUACUAUUCUUAUGAUUAGUACUAAUCUAUCGCCUUCUUUUUAUUUCAACAACGUGUUUUCCACAUAGGAAUAUUAUCGUUUUUUUAUGUUCCACUGACUGCUGUCAUAAUUGUUAUUUUGUUUAAUUUAUUUUUUGUUCAUUUAAAACAUUUUACUAAAAGUAAAUCCAACCAAGUUCUAGUUCAAUGAAAUGUCACUUCCCGCUUAUUUUGGUUAUUCUUAUUACUAAUGUAGGAAACAAAAUUUAUAUUUGCUAUCCAGUGCUUUCCUUUAUGUUGUUAAAGGUUGAUAUGGUUUCGUUUGUUUUAAUCAGUUGUUGAAUUUAAUAUUGUUGAAUGGUUUGCUUUUUGUAUUUUUUUAAAAAAAUUUCUAUAUUUAAAUAUAUGCAUUAUUUGGAUUGG